AUGGAAAAGUUCAAUCCUGAAUGGGCUAAGGAUGUUCCAUGCAGAAAUAUUAUAAUAUAUGGGUACUGUAAAAAGCAGAAAGAGGGCUGUCCUUUCAAUCAUGACGCAGAUCCAGCCAAUACGACCCAGAGUAAUGUCAUAACUCAAAAUACAGUCACUCAUGAACCACCUGCUAAUCGAAUUAAUAACAAUGUAGUGGAAAUAUCAACUAAUUUAGCUAAUACGAAUCUUUCCGAUUUACCAAACUUAUUAAAUAGUCAGCCGAAUAAAGAUAUUCACACUUCUACUUCAACAAAUUCUUUACCUAAAUUCAAUGCCAAGGUAUCAGCUAGUUUCACCCCAAUGGGGACCGCUCAGAGACCAACCAGCGCUGUAGAUAAUGACGCUCCCAAAUCUAAUACUUUCGUCUCUGAAAGCUUCACAUCAUCUUUUACCAAUUUCAAUCCUGUUCUAAACACUAAUCAAAAUCCAGUAGAUACACAAUUCUCACCACAGCAACCUCAGCCUUCAAGUUUAGUCACCGAAAAUGGUGAACCCAUUAGAUAUCCCGGAAUAUACCCACCCCCACAUAGUAUACUGCAAUAUCAUCUUUAUGCACCUGAUCCUCCUCCACAAUUAAAACUACCAUUAAAGCCUAAUGAAAGAUCACCUGAAAUGUUAUUUAUACCAAAUGAUAUUAGAGAAGAAUUAACGAAGAAAAAUCUAGCAUCUUUACAAAUCUUUCCUCCAGGUGGCGCACUUCCUGAUGUUGUUCAGGACUAUUUCGGUUUUGUACCAUUGGACUUCCACCAGAAGAACAGUGAUAUUGAUCGUUAUAAUGGCCAUAAGAACUCUCUUUUCAAAGUUUUCUCAAAUUUUGAUGGCAAAAUUUAUGUCUUGAGAAGAAUUCAUAAUAUAAAACCCAAUUCAAUCGAUUCUAUGGCCAUUUCGAAAACUUUUAAAAAAUGGAAUAGAUUCAAUUCAUCAAAUAUUGUCAAGUUAAAAGAUUUAUUCCUGACUACAAAAUUCGGUGACACUUCUCUAUGUUUUGUCUAUGAUUAUUAUCCAAAUGCAAUGUCAUUGUAUGAGGCUCAUUUUAUCAAUUUCCCACUGAUUCCAAUUACACAAGACUAUCUAUGGACAUACUUAGUGCAAUUGACAAAUGCACUCAGAGAAGUUCACCAAGCUGAUUUAUCAAUAACUAAAUCUUUGAAUUGGGAAAAAAUUCUUGUUACAGGUAAACCUGGUAGAAUUAAAAUCCUAGGUUCAUCUGAAAGCGACCUCCUAAAUUACAAUAAUAGUGACAUUAAUAUUCAUGACAACCAACAAACCGAUUUUUUCAAUCUAGGUACAUUUUUAUUCCAAUUAGCUAAGAAUAUAAACUCAGAAAGUUCGUUUGAGAAUUCUAAAGAAAAUAUUACUGAAGAAAAAACUGAGAAAUUAUCGGUUGAUGAUCAACUCAAAUCUGUACUAAAAUAUCUUUUGAAUGAUAAAAUUCAUGACAAAUCUGUGAUGGAUUUAAGUAAAUUAUUUAUCGACAAAAUUUACUCAACUUUUGAUGCUCUAAAAACUUACUCUGAAUUCAGUGAAAAUGUCUUAUCAAGAGAAUUAGAAAAUUCAAGAUUAUUUAGAUUAAUUUGCAAAUUAAACUUUAUAUUCGGUAGAAUUGAAUCAAGAAUCGACAUAAACUGGUCAGAAUCAGGCGAAAAAUUCCCGAUAAUUUUAUUCUAUGACUUUGUAUUCCACCAAGUUGAUGAAAACGGUAAAUCCGUAAUGGAUUUAACCCACGUUUUAAGAUGUUUGAACAAACUAGACGUUGGGGUUUCAGAAAAAUUGGUUUUAGUGACUCCCGAUGAAAUGAAUUGUAUUAUCAUUAGUUAUAAAGAAUUAAAAGAUUUGAUUGAAUCGACCUUCAGAUCUCUAACACAAUCAUGA